AUGGCGCCUAGGAAACCCUCCACCACGGCGGAAGUCGCCCUGGUCUCUCUGAAGAACUGUCUUGUGAACCUGCCGCCCUCGCUCGUUUCUCUUUUGGUCAACGCCAAUACACCUGCACAGAAUGUGAUUGUCGAGUUACAGUUCCGCCCGACCGGACGGACCAACAGCGGCAGUACUACCCCGCGAUCGUGUUAUCUGGGGUGGACAGGAAUGCCGAGCAAGCGCAGAAUCGCACCUGUCGUGGGAAGGGAUGGCAUAAACAAUUCCCCAUCUACAAGAGAACAGGAUGCCGCGACAGUUGAGCUGGAUACCACAUUCGGAAGGUUUCUUGGCUUGGGGGAUGGACAAAGAGUCGGCAUAUUCAUCCAUCUUGAUCCUCCGGUAGCCCAUACGAUCAACAUUGAGCCGUUGACACCCGAAGAUUGGGAGAUUAUCGAACUGCAUGCGACAUUUCUAGAGCUUAAUCUCUUGUCACAAAUCCGAGCUCUACCCAACCCUACAUAUACGGCAGCACAAGCUGAUCACAUGCACCCUUUAACAUUACACCUCUCUCCCACAUCCACAGCAAACAUUGUGAUCACCUCGUUGACUCCAGCUCCGCCGAGCACGUCUCCCUUUGCUAAGAUUGCUCCUGAUGCAGAAGUUAUCGUUGCUCCUAAAACUCGUCCAAAAGCGAAUACUCGGGUGUCUCGAGGGGAUAACCGGAGUGUCACAGGGAGCAGUAAAAGGAGUGCUGGAGGACGAAGUAGUGGGGGGAGCACCGCGCGCGGUAAAAGUAGCAAGUCUGAAACAAGCCGGGGUGCUCUCUAUUUUAGAGGACUUGAUCGUCAAUGGUCGGACCAGUACUUUGAUGAAGAGUCAGAAGAGGAUAAUAAUGAGGGCUUCCGUGUCUGGCUUGACCCUGAUGUCCUCGCAUCAAAUGAACUUCGGGGUGCUGAAUGGGCAUGUGUCACGCUCGUCCAGCCGUCCGGGCUAAAACCACCAUCUGAUCCCCAGCAACAGAUGAGCCAAGCCGAGCAAAAGGCUAGUGAUUCGGGUGCCCCCACGACGAAGCUUGUGGCCAAAUUGCUUCCUUGGAUUGAUGCACCCGACACUCAACAUGCCGGUCUUUCUUCCCUGCUUUGCUCGGCAAUAGGAGCAGAAGGGAUGGUAGGCGGUAUCAUUCGAGUCGAGGCCGCACCGCCACCGCUGCAACGGUCGGCCACUAGGGCCCUCAAAGUCUAUCCUUUCCUUGCAGAUGCCACGAAGCGAAAUGAUGGACUGAAAUUCGGAGCGGACACUAUUGCAGCAAAGGAUGCACUAGUGGAGCGCAUCAAAGUCCUGUAUGGUAGUACUGGCUCCGGCAGGGGCCUACUCACAGGGCCCAUAACGGACGGUAUGGUUCUUCCAAAAUCAGAUAAUCAAGGAACAGUGUCUGCAUUUGACGGGGCUCUAAUACGAUUUGACCCCCCUUUGAAGAGCACUUCCGAUGCGUCUAAGUCUGUGUUCGGGUGGCUAUUAGGGUCUGACGCGAAGUUGCCCCUUGAAAUUCAAGCUGAAAUACCAAAACCAGCAAAUCAAAGCGCAUUGAACCUGACAAUGGAGGACCCAAUCCCGGCCACUGCACCGCCCAUGGUCGGGAUUGAUCAAGUUAUCUCGCAAGCAUUGGAUAACCUCAACAAAUCCUGUUCGGUUUUGGUGACCGGUGGGCUGGGGUCCGGAAAGACUGCGCUGGGUCAGCUCCUGGCGCAUCGUUUGCAGAAAGAAUCGCUGUUCAACGUGAAGUACUUCUCGUGUCGAAAACUCGUGACUGACGAGACUCGGAUAUCCAACAUCAAAGAGACCUUGAACCGGCUGUUUAUGUCCGCGGCAUGGUGCGCUCGCCUUGGCGGGCAAUCAACUGUGAUCCUGGAUGACCUUGACAAGCUGUGCCCAGUCGAAACUGAAUUACAAGUGGGAGGAGAUAAUGGCCGUAGCCGUCAGAACAGUGAAGUCAUCUGCUCUAUGGUCCGCGAGUUCUGUUCUAUGAAUUCGGGCGUUGUACUUCUUGCAACGGCGCAGUCCAAGGAAUCGUUAAAUAACGUCAUUGUGGGCGGCCAUGUUUUCCGAGAAGUAAUCCAUCUAAGGGCUCCUGACAAAGAGGGACGCCGUAAAGUGCUGGAGUACCUCACAAGUCAGGAUCGCAGGACGACCAGUGCGACGGCGGAAGCUGGUCCAUCCGGCGCGACUAAUGGCCACACAAGGACAGUCAGCACGUCGACCAACGAUUCCUGGCUGGACCCUUCAAAUCCAGGCAGUCGGCCAAGCUCAUCCGGUGGUGACGGCUUCAUUCUUGGGCGUGAUGUCGACUUUCUCGACCUAGCUGGAAAGACCGACGGAUUCAUGCCUGGAGACUUGGUGUUACUGGUCGCUCGCGCUCGCAACGAAGCCCUCAUUCGAUCUAUCAGCGAGGCAUCGGAUGAGUCCAGGGCGAUCAUCCUCGGAGCAGCGGAUUUUGAUAAUGCCAUUAAAGGAUUCACCCCGGCAUCUUUACGCAAUGUAACUCUGACUUCAUCCACCACGACCUUUUCCGCUAUUGGUGGUCUGCACGAGACUCGGAAGAUGCUCCUGGAGACACUGCAGUACCCAACAAAGUAUGCUCCUAUCUUCGCACAGUGCCCACUCCGAUUACGCUCCGGUUUGUUGCUCUAUGGAUACCCUGGGUGCGGUAAAACCAUGCUGGCCAGCGCAGUGGCAGGCGAGUGCGGUCUCAACUUUAUCAGCGUGAAAGGACCGGAAAUCCUUAACAAGUACAUCGGCGCCAGUGAGAAGAGUGUACGGGAUCUGUUUGAACGAGCGCAGGCAGCUCGGCCAUGUAUCCUCUUCUUUGAUGAGUUUGACAGUAUUGCGCCCAAGCGUGGUCAUGACUCAACUGGAGUGACGGACCGAGUGGUCAACCAGCUUCUCACCCAGAUGGAUGGAGCUGAGGGUCUCUCGGGCGUAUACGUUCUCGCGGCUACAUCACGGCCGGAUCUGAUUGACCCAGCGUUGCUCCGUCCCGGUCGUUUGGAUAAGUCGCUACUCUGUGAUAUGCCCAACCAUGCUGAUCGUGCUGAUAUUAUUCGAGCUGUUAGCAAGAAGCUUGCGAUGAGCAAUGAGGUGGUGGCCCGGAUUGAUGAGGUAGCAGCGCGUACAGCAGGAUUUUCCGGUGCUGAUCUACAGGCUGUUGUCUACAACGCGCACCUGGAGGCAGUACAUGACGCAUUAGGCGAUCGGUCGGGCGAUAAGCCGCCAGCGAAGACCGCCAAGUCGUCCACACCCAGCACGAGUAGUCGCUCGUUCAUCCAAUUCCUGUACUCUGAUCUGGAGCAGCGAGCUGGAACAGUGGCAAUGCCGGCACCGGCAGUUGUGGCGUCCAAGCUCGAUGCGCUGAAGAACGCGCGACGUCGCCAACGGCAAUUCGAGCAAGCCGCCGGUAGCUUAGCGCCUACAACUGCGACGGACAAUGCCCAUGAGACAGGGCCAGCCGAAGGUCGGGAAGAAAUAGUAGUGCGAUGGGAGCACAUGGAGCGGUCUUUGAACACGACGCGCAGUUCGCUUAGCGAAGCAGAACGUAGACGACUGCUAGCUAUCUACCGAGAGUUUGUGGAAGGUCGAAAUGGUGAGAUGCCGAAUGGGGAAGGGGCCAGGGAAGUUGGGGGGCGCACGAGUUUGAUGUAG